AUGGGAAUGGCGGAAGAUCAUGUUGGACAAUUGCAAGAACCAACUUUCAAGCACUUUUGCAGGGUAUGCAAAAGAGGGUUUGGAUGUGCCGGAGCUCUGGGGGGUCACAUGAGGAGCCAUGCUGUUGGAGAUGUUCGGAUGCAUCAAUCGAGUCGCGAUCAAGAAAUAGGCACCAGCAGCUUCAUGAGAAGCAAUAAGGGGGAAGGAGGAAGCAAGCAUUCGUACUUCCUCCGAACCAAUUCCACCAAUCGAUUCACCGGUGCUUGUCGAGCUGGUGAAGAUCUUCAAGAAUUUAAUAAUAAGAGGACCUUCACCCGCUCUGCUUUCCAUGAUGAACGCGAGAAAUUUUCAUCUUCCGUGUCGUCUUCUGAAUCUGAGGUUGAAGAGAUGAUGCUCAAGUCCGCGCGAGCAAAAUCCAAAAAUUACGAGGACCGGCAUUGUGCCGCCUCCAGCGAAGAAGAGGAUCUCGCGAAUUGUUUGGUGAUGUUGUCAAACGAAUCAUUUGUUCAGUCGGAUAAGGAGCAGGAAAACACGGACAAACACGUGGAAAAAGGUACGUUCCAGUGCAAAGCUUGUAAGAAAGUGUUCAAUUCCCACCAAGCACUGGGGGGACAUAGAGCCAGUCAUAAGAAGGUGAAAGGUUGUUAUGCUGCCAGAUUCAACUGCAGCACCAACCUCAAUGAUCAGGAUAAUGACAAUAAUUACGAAGAUGCCUUCUACCAACACGAGGAACAUUUGGCUCCGUCAGAAAAUUCUUCAGAGCCAGGGCUUGAUCUUGAUUUCUCACCUCAUCAUGAUCACCUUCCAAAAAAUACUACAUUGUCAAAAAGGAAGUCCAAAGCUCAUCAAUGUUCGAUUUGUCAGAGGGUGUUUUCAUCAGGACAAGCCUUAGGUGGGCACAAAAGAUGUCACUGGCUAACCUCAAACUUACCUGAUAAUACUAUCAUACAGAACUUACGUGAGCUCCAAUUUGAUAGCCAACAACUAUUCAAGAAGCCUAUGCUCACAAAACCCGAGCCACUGCCUCUUGAUCUCAAUUUCCCUCCAUUGCUGAACAAUGCGGUUGAUAAUCUGCACAUGAACUCAGCUGAUGAUCCCCUCAAUCACGAAGCCCCAGCUAGAAUUUUUCUCCAACUGUGGGGUAACGAAGAGGCUGACAACAGUACUAGUAAUAAUAAUCAUCAGCAGAACUAUACUACUAAAAGCGUGGUUCGUGGUUCAUUGCAUGAUGAGGACGAAAGUGCUAAAGAAGAUGGUUAUAGAACGGAGCAGACUGCAAAACUGAGUAAUCUGAAAGAUAUGAAUUUGGAUGGAGGGUCUUCUCGGUGGUUACAGGUGGGGAUUGCUUCAACUACUGAUAUCACAGCCACCCCAUGA